AUGAAUAUUUCAGUUCCUAUUGGUACAGAGGUUGACUCUGUUUCUUUCUCUCUUUAUGAGCCGAAUGAAAUUAGAAAGAUCUCUGUCAAGCAAAUCGUUAAUCCCGUCCUUUUUGACACAUUAGGCCACCCUACGAAAGGUGGUCUUUACGAUCCUGCACUUGGUCCAUAUCAAAAGACUCAAAUUUGUGCCACUUGUUCACAAAACCACUUUAACUGUCCGGGACACUAUGGUCAUAUUGAAAUACCUAUCCCUGCUUACAAUCCUAUGUUUUUCGAUAACUUAUACGCCAUCCUUCGUGGUAUGUGUGUUUAUUGUAAUCAUUUCCGCAUCUCUAGAGCUUUGAUGAAGAAAUAUACCGCACAAUUACAGCUAUUAGAAAAUGGUAUGGUCAAUGAAGCUCAAGAUUUAGAUGAAAUACUCUUCAACAAUAAGAAAUCGUCCAAGAAAGAUGAAGAUAACUUGGAAGAUAAGAUGGAGGAAGAGAGCCAAUUAUUAGCAAAUGUGGAAGAAUAUAUGGAUCACAUUGACGAAUAUGUUAAGAAAUGCUUGGCUGAUGAUGAAGCUCGCAAAUUUGCAGCCAAGAAUUAUAAGGUUACUGUCAUCAACGAUGUCCGUAAAAGACUCAUGUCCGACUUUAUGAAAGCCUGUGUGCAUCAAAAGAAAUGUCUCAACUGUCAAGGUAUUUCACCUGCCAUCCGACGUGAUGGUGCAGCAAAACUUUUCCAACUUGCACUUACUAAAAAAGAACAAACUCAUAUGGAUCGUAUCAAAAGUAACAUUGGAUUUACCGACGAAGUGAAAGGCUUCAACAGUAAUGGUCAACGUUUCAUGACAAAUUAUGAGGUUAGAAAACUUGUUCAAGCUUUGUUUGAAAAGGAAGGAGAAGCUACCACAUUAUUAUUCGGUGCACGCGAUCCCCGUACACCAACUCAUAUUAAGACGGCCUCAUAUCACAUGUUUUUCAUCGAGACACUUGCUGUUGCUCCCACUCGUUUCCGUCCCCCCUCUGUUAUGGGUGAUAAAGUGUUUGAGUCCCCUCAGAACGAACUUUUAUCAGGUAUUUUAAAAGGCUGUCAUCUCGUUCGUGAUUUCUCCGAAGAUUUAAAACAAGCCUCCAAUGAAGAUCCCGUGGAUAAAGCUAAAUUGGAACGUAUCCGUAAUAAUUUUGUCGAAUCCAUCAUCAACUUACAACACGCAGUCAACUCUUUCAUUGAUUCUACCAAAAAUCCUGCUCAAGUCCAGCAAGGUAAGACCAACCCUCCUGGUAUUCGUCAGGCCUUAGAAAAGAAGGAAGGUCUGUUCAGAAAACAUAUGAUGGGUAAGCGUGUCAAUUAUGCUGCUCGUUCUGUCAUUUCACCCGAUCCCUUCAUCGAAACCUCUGAAAUUGGUAUUCCUCCCGUAUUUGCCACCAAUCUCACUUACCCCGAACCUGUCACUCCUCACAAUAUUAAGGAAAUGAGACAAGCUGUUAUCAACGGUCCUUACAAGUGGCCUGGUGCUACUCACGUUCAAAACGAAGAUCAGUCGAUUGAUGUGUUGGCCGAUUUAAGUAUUGAAUCUCGUAUCGCGCUCGCCAAUUCACUUUUGGCUUCUCAAAGCACACAUACUGCUCAGACGGGAAAUAACCCCUACCCUACCCGUACUCAAACAGUCAAUAAGAAGGUUUUCAGACAUUUGCGUAAUGGUGAUAUGCUUUUGCUCAAUCGUCAGCCUACACUUCACAAGCCUUCUAUCAUGGCUCACAAAGCUCGUAUUUUGCCGGGAGAAAAGACAAUUCGUAUGCACUAUGCCAAUUGUAACACUUACAACGCAGAUUUUGAUGGUGAUGAAAUGAAUAUUCACUUUCCUCAAAAUGAAGUGGCUCGUGCCGAAGCAGCUUUCAUUGCUAAUACAGAUAACCAAUACCUGGUACCUACCAGUGGUGAUCCUUUACGUGGUCUUAUUCAGGAUAACGUUGAUUCCGGUGUAUGGAUGACAGCCCGUGAUACAUUCUUUACCAAAGACGAAUAUCAGCAACUGUUGUACGGUUCACUUCGUCCUGAAGUUGACGGUACAGGCGGUGGUAAGAUCCGUACGUUGCCUCCUACUAUUUUCAAACCUCAAGCUUUAUGGACCGGUAAACAAGUUAUCUCUACGAUUCUCAUGAACUUGACUUGGGGUAAAGCCCAACUCAAUUUAACUUCCAAGAGUAAAGUACCUGCUCGAUUCUGGGGUCCUGACGCUAAGGAAGAAGAAGUCGUUAAUGUCAUGGAAGGCCAAUUGAUCCAUGGUAUUCUUGAUAAAUCUCAAUUCGGUGCCUCUUCUUAUGGUCUUGUUCACUCCGUCUAUGAAAUUUAUGGCGCUGAAUCUGCUGGCAUCCUUCUCAGUAUUUUGGGUCGUUUGUUCAUCAAGUUUAUUCAGAGUCAUGGUUUCACUUGUCGUAUGGAUGAUUUGAUUUUAACAAAGGAAGGUGAUCAAUGGCGCAGGGAUUUGCUGAACGAAGGUAAGGGGCUCGGUGAUGAAGCUCAUCUCGAAUUCCUUGGUUUAGCUGAAACUGCCAAGACGGCAACACCCGAGGUGCUCAAGAAAGAAUUCAAACUUCGUAUGAAUGAAGUCGUUCGUGAUGACAAUAAAUUAGCUGGUCUGGAUAAUGCCAUGAAAGCUAAGGUCAACAAAUUGACCUCCUCUAUUACCACCAAAUGUCUUCCCAAUGGUUUGGUUCGUCCUUUCCCAAAGAACAACAUGCAAAUGAUGACUGUGUCUGGUGCUAAGGGUUCAAAUGUCAACGCUACUCAAAUUUCAUGUUUGCUUGGUCAGCAAGAACUGGAAGGUCGUCGUGUCCCUCUCAUGGUCUCUGGUAGAUCGCUUCCUUCUUUCCGUCCCUUCGAUACAAGUGCACGUGCUGGUGGUUUCGUCACGGGUCGUUUCUUGACGGGUAUUCGUCCUCAAGAAUACUACUUCCAUUGUAUGGCAGGUCGUGAAGGUUUGAUUGAUACUGCUGUCAAGACAUCGCGUUCUGGUUAUUUGCAACGUUGUCUUAUUAAACAUCUCGAAGGUCUUCGUGUCCAUUACGAUCAUACUGUUCGUGACUCUGAUGGCUCUGUCUUGCAAUUCCAUUACGGUGAAGAUUCUUUGGAUGUCAUCAAAGCGAAGCAUAUCAAUCAAUUCAGUUUCUCAGCUCAUAACUUUGAAGCGCUCUCUCAAAAAUACAAUCCUAAAGCUGCUUUGGCUUCUCUUGAAACCAAGAAAGGUGAAGAAUAUGCCAAGAAAGCUCUCAAGAAGCCCAGCAAAUAUGAUCCUGCGUUGUCUGUCUAUAAUCCUGGUACUCACUUGGGUGUCGUUUCCGAACGGUUCGCUAUCGCUAUGAAAGAAUAUAUGGAUAAGAAUCCUGAUAAGAUGCCAUUUGAAAAGGGUGCUGAAGUGCCAAAGAACACUGCCCGUUAUGCUGGCUUAACGAAGAGCAAGUUCAAGGCAUUGAUGAAUUUGAAAUACCUUCACAGUUUGGUGGAACCUGGUGAAGCAGUGGGUCUUUUAGCCGCUCAAGGUGUGGGUGAACCUUCUACUCAGAUGACGUUGAACACUUUCCAUUUUGCUGGUUAUGGUGCGGCUAACGUUACCUUGGGUAUUCCACGUCUUCGUGAAAUUAUUAUGACGGCUGCUCGUAAGAUCAAGACACCAACCAUGCUGUUGCCUCUUCGUCCUGAGAUAAACGCCAAGAAGGCUUCUAAUUUCUGUAAGGCUGUAUCAAGAUUGACUUUAGCGCAAUUGGUGGAUAAUGUCACAGUAUCGGAAAAGACAACUUCGAAGACGGCUGAAACCAAUUAUCGCAGAUCAAAGACCUAUUCUAUUCGUCUCAACUUGUUCAGUGAAAAGGAAUACAAGGAAGAAUACCGUGUGACGGCUAGUAAGGUAAAGGAAGUGCUGGCAACAGCGUUCUUGAAGGAUUUAGAAGAAUUGAUUCGCAGAGAUAUCAAAGAUACCAAGAAGAUGGAAGAUAUCGGUAAAGGACAUAAAAUCUCAGAUGCUAUGAAUGAUGAAAACGUGGACGAGACUAUUGGCGACAAUGUUGCACAGAAUGCCUAUGAUUCAGAUGCGGAAAUGGAGGAAGAUGCAAAGACAUCGAGAGUAGCUGAUAAGAAUAAAGAACGAACCAGUUACGACGAUCCAGACGAAGAUGAUAUGCCAGAAGAUGAAGAAAAGACUUUGGAAGACGAAGAAGCCGAGCUUGAAGAAGCAGCUUUAGCAGGCGAAGAUGAUGAAGAGGACGAGCCCAAGGCACCAACGAUGGGUGACUACGAAAAGAACGCUGUUUCUAAGAGCAAAUACUGCACCAAGUUUGUGUUUGACAAUAAAGAGGGCGCUUAUUGUCAAAUCGAUAUGGAAUUCCCUGCUGAUACCAAGAAGAUUUUGAUGGUCAGUUUGAUCGAAAAGUCAUGCUCUCGUGUUGUCGUACAUGAAGUAAAGGGCAUUCAGACAUGUUUCGAGUACAUCAACCCUACCGAAAACGAUACUUCUAAACGUCUUCAAACAGAAGGUGUCAACCUUAGAGGCAUGUGGCCGUAUGCCGAUCUGAUUGAUGUCAACUAUAUUGAUACCAAUGACAUUGCAGCCAUUUUGAAUACUUAUGGUGUUGAAGCUGCUAGAAAUGCUAUCAUUAAGGAAGUCGCAGCUGUCUUUGGUGUGUACGGUAUUAAGGUCGAUCGUCGUCAUUUGACUGUCAUUGCUGAUUACAUGACUUUCGAAGGUGGUUAUAAGCCAUUCUCUCGUAUUGGUAUUGGAUCCAAUGUUGCACCUUUCCUUAAGAUGAGUUUCGAAUCAACAUGUAAAUUUUUGACUGAAGCAACAUUACAUGGUGAUUAUGAUACUCUGGAAUCACCCUCUUCAAGAAUUGUCGUUGGUCGUGUCGUUGAAGGCGGUACUGGCUCUUUCGAUAUUCUACAACCCCUCACCACUGAAGCAUAG